AUGUGCAGGUGCCCUCUUCGUACAGGUGUGCUGCGUCCGUUUUUGUUGUUGCCGCUGCCUUUUUUCUUCUCCGUAUCUCCAUCCACCAGCCUCGCCCUCUUUCCACCCGAGACACCGGGGAGACUAAAACCGAAGCGCAGCCAAGUCCGGCCGGGCCUCGUCACAGACCUGGCAGUAGAAAGCAUCUUUUGGGUUAAAUUUGCUGCAUCCGCCGUGCUCGACGGAGCACACCCAGCAGCCGGAAGGACACUCCCACGCCACGGAAAAGUCGGACUCAAUGCCACCCGCGCCGCUCUGCGCAUCCGCCGGUGGGUUGGGGUUUGCAGACAGGCACAUGCUGCACACCAACUGGCAUUGGAAUUCGUUGAUGAAUGUGCAGUUCGGGCAGGACCACGGCGCACCAGUCAUCUCCACACGCCUCGCGGCACACUCGCCGCCAGCUGCAGCCAACGGCCUCAGCGAGUCGCAAGCAAUGCACCGUCGAAGUGUGGAAUCGUUGAGUAA